CAACAGAGAGCUUGAAAUAACACGUGACACGGGGUUGGAGCAACUCGAUAGAGCACAUUUACGCGCCCCUUCCUACUUCAUAUGCCUGCUCAACGUUACUGCUUCGUCUUCCCGGUGCUAGCCAUCCUGCAGAACCCUGAGAUUCUUGGAGUAUGAAGGUGCUCGGUGGCGCGGACCACAGGAGCGAUAAUGUGAUUAGCAGCUUCCAGCGUGUUUUGUGUAAGCACUUCGCAAGGUCUGAGAAGCAUCCCCGGGCCGUAUCUGAUUUUUCCGACGUGCUGUUGCUGGUCCCUUGUCAACCGUAUUGCUCAUUGGGAGUGACCUUAGUCCCCUCUGAUGUGCCAUGAAUACCUUCAGCGAGCAAGGUGGUACAGCUUCAAAUAGAUGGGACCCCUUCCCUGUGCGCAUCCGGGUACUAGGGCUUUGGACAACGUCACCGACUUUGAUCCCUGCCUCGACAUCUAUUCUUUGGAGACAGAAGCAAAUAACUUGAUGCUGAUUCAGCCUACUAGAAUGUAUAUCCCAAAUCCACAAAUCCUUAAAUCCCCACCCUCCUUUCUUUUAUGUCUGAGCACUGGGUACUUUUGGCCCUCCUAUCACGCCCGCUCGCGUACGGGGGCUAGUUCUCUGAGUGUGAUUGGUGCUGAGCGGACAACAAGCGAUCGCCAAUACCUACUUCAUCAACGGACGGCCAUACAGUGCGGGAACGGCCCAUUCAUCAUAGCUGACUUCGUUCUCGCCACACCCCAGACAAGAGGACGAUCUUCCUACAUGGCCAGAGUAACUUUCGUACCGGCUCUCAAGCUACGCGAUAAACACUUGAUAUAUUCAUUUUCUGUGUUUUUCUCCUCAUCUGCCGCUAGAUUUCAACCUCCAGUAAGAAAACAAAACGUGGGCCAAGAACACCCUUUUGCACCAUCGGUUUCACCUUAUGGUCGACGGGGAAACGCCGGAAGGCACGGAUCACUAAGUGGCCAUCGGACGCGGAUAACUGGGUACUUAGGUUCAGUUGUAGGAUCGUUUUUGACAUUCGGUGGGUCGCAUGUCCUUCGAUAGCCGUAUUCGGGGGAAAAUGACGGUAGAGAUGGGCGCCGACCUCCGUCUCUGAUGCUUGUUGUGCCUGCGGACGCCAUUGAAGAUAUUUUCAUUCGUAGAGCGGGUAAGGAACUGACAGU